AAUGACAGUCAUAACACUGUUGGUUGGCUUGGCCCUGAUGGUGGACUUGAAAAAUCACAGCUUUAGUGUUCCUCAGUAUAGGGAGAGCAGACAUGCUGACGCAUGCCCACAUGUGGUGAGAAGUGGGCGGGGAAUAUAUUAGUAGGGUCCCAAUGGACGCUGCGAAGGACCUUCUGAAGCGAGCGGUGGAGCUGGACUCGGCGCAGAGAUACUCAGAGGCUCUCAUCUGCUACGAGGAAGGCAUACAGAAUCUACUGAGGGUGAUGGGAGGGUGUAGUGAAGAAGAAAAGAAGGAACUGCGAAAGAAGGCAGAAGUCUAUCUAGCAAAGGCUGAAGUACUCAAACAGGAGGCCAGAGAAGGAUAUGUGGCCACAGAGAAAGUAAGGUGUGUUCAGGUGAGACCAGGAGACAAGGGACACAGCUACAGCUCUGUGUUUGGUGGAUGUAUGGACGGCAAUGUGGAGAGUAUUUCAGUGAGAGACCCCUACAUCAGGGCCAGACACCAGCUGCACAACUUUGUGCGUUUCUGUGAGCUGGCCGUCAGGAACUGUUGCUGGCUGAAGGCCAUUUGUCUGAUCACUGGCAGAGAGCCUGAGACUGAGCCGCUACAGGCAUCAUCUCUGAAUGAGUUAGAGGAGCGUUUUAAGGAGUAUUCCAUGGUCUUCAUAGUGGAGUAUAUAUUCAGACACUCUUCAUGAUAGAGAGAUCUGGUGAUGCACUACCCACACACAUAUCUGUAUGCACAAUAAUGCUAACUGGGCUACUGCAAGAUCUAGAUAAUAUGGUGAAAUCUGCCUUUUCUCUCUUUCACAGGUUAAGUAAUGGUUGGAUGGUGAGAAUGGGCAAAGGAUUAGAUUACUUUCAAAAGUCAAGGGACGGUUUAGCUACCAUUGGCUCCAAUGAUUUUGAUCUAUGGCCAUGUCAUGAAACUACCAUUGAGAUCUACCACAGAUUGAACAUGAAAAAUCUGUCAAUAAAACAUAAUUAAUUAUGACACACAUUAAUUUUUGAUAUACACUCACAUGUUAUAUAUAUUUUACAUUAUGACAUUUAGUUUGUGUACUUUAACAAAGAGACACAUAUUAUA